AUGAAAAGAAUAAGUGGUUCACCGUCUCCGGCUCCAAACCAUAGACCGAACAAAGAGAAUCCUCAAUUCCUUGAACACCCCGACUCAAUAAGGCAAUUUUUACAGCCAACUUCUGGUAGAGCACCUGCCAAAGAAAGACCUCUACUGUUUAUGAGAUUUCAAGAGGACCUAGUUGGAACUCUGACAUUCAUGGCAUCAAAAUCAGACGAUGAUGAUGAUAUUAUAGCAUAUCAGGUGGCAAAGUUCGGAGAGGAUCAUAAAUCCUACUAUUUUUUUAUAGGAAUAGUAGGCCUCAUUAAAAACCUCCCUCAUAGAAGUCCUUUACCUUUAGGCAAGAACCAUCUAGACGAUAUGGACAAGAAAUUCCGAGAACUCGCCAAUGAGCUGGAGUAUGCAAGUAAAAAAUGUGAAGUUUACUGGUCAAGUUUACUUUCUGUUUUAAAAGACAUUGAAGACCAUAAGCUACAGUUGUCAAUAAAAGUGCAAAACAUAAAGAUCAGCAUGUGACGCUGCAUCACAUUUCUCCUAUGUACUUUCGAUAUAAUCCAGUCUGAUUUCGUAUAUCAAGUAUGUAUUCAACCCUAGGCUUCUCUUCACCUUUGAAUGCUGUCAGCAAUUAGGAAUGGCUUCUGGUUUGCAGCAGCUAUGUACAGUAUAAUUGAUGUGCUUUAGCCAUUUAGGUGCACAGUUUGUCAAUUUGAGUUAUUAGUUUCUUUUAGUGGAUUGUGGAGAUUAGUUGACACCGUCAAUAAUAGUCUGAAGAU